AUGUCCGAACCGCAUACACUCUCUUCCGUCCGCAUUCCCGAGUGCGCACCACGGCGGACCGACGUCCCCAGCAGCGGCAGCACGACGUCCGCCUCGCACCGCCGCAGCAGUGUGUCUCCGCCCGUGCCUCUGCUCCAGUCCCCUCGCGCCAUAAUGUACGACGAGCGACACGCUCCCACGUCCUCGUCGCAGUCUCUGGGCGUGUCUUCCUCCACCGUCUCGGACCCGGACGUCAACAUGCUCCAAGAGGACGACCACACGCCUCCCGCCGCUCUGCGCACGUGCAUGCAGUCCACUACGCGCUGGUUCCAGCUCGUCAUGUUCUUCGCCUUCGUCAUAGCGCUAGUAUUGGCUAUGGGCAGCUCCUACGACAACCUGAGCCCAGGACUCAUCUGGGGCGGCGUACUCUCGAUUUUCUCCGUCUUUUUCGUCAUCUUAUCGUACGCCAGCGUGCCCAGCUACCGCCAGCACCCUAAUCCGCUUGUAUUCUGGCGUACUAUCGCCGACGCUGUGUUCGUGAUGCAGCUCAUGGCGCAACAGUUCGUGCGUUGUCUAUUCUUCGAUUGUGUGCCGCUCUGUAGCAGUACGAACCUGCAGUGCGGCUGCAGCACAGACAGCGGCGCUGGAUCCACUUGCGAAGUGUUCGCUGGGCUCUUUGAGUUCACAUUACUGGCCUCUGAGUGCUGGUUCUUCUGUAUGACGGCGAACCUGCUCAUGAGCCUCACAAACCCGUUCACGGACUUCAAGAGGAACACGCGCAUGUUCCACUUGGGCUCGUGGUUUGUCCCUCUCGUUUUGGGUCUUUUACUAAUGAACACAGACGACUGGGCUGGAUAUUCCGACUUGGGGGUGUGCUGGACCAACGCGCUCAAGAACUUACCGGCCGACAACAUGGCCGGAUGUCCUUCCGGGUACGAGGUGACAGAUAAUUUUACUGACUACAAGGUGGUGAACGCGAAUAUCAUCAGUUGGCUCUUCUUCUACGUCUGGAUGGGGCUGUUCAUCAUCUCGGGCAUUGCAGUGUGGGUCUGGGCCUGGAAGAGGUUGAGCGAAGGUAUGCCAGAGACUUAUGCCGUGCGAGUGCAGAGUAUCAACCGCGCUAGAUUCAACGUGUUCGCCGUAACGUUUUACUGGAUUAUCGUGGUUAUUGUAUACAUCAAGUUCUUGUCCCGCGACCGAUCAAAGCCGGACAAGUCGAGUGAAUUGCUGAACUUCCUCAUUGCCGGCAAGGGAUAUCUCGACUUGGUCAUCUGGUUCGCGUUGAACGACUUCCACGUUGCGCACUUUACACGCUGUCUUGGAGAAAAUACAGGCGAGAUCGAUGUGGAUCUGAACCCGCAGGUGAACGCGGCGCUACGUCGCGAAGUGCUGUUCUACACGACGUCAGGUAUUAUUCAAGCUGUGCAGGCAGCAGAGCGUCUCCCGGCGUCGCAGCGUAUCCAGCAUCUGGCUCUACUACCACAGACGAAGGCGAACGUCACGACUGCUGCGGCUUUUACAGCGGUUCCUGUUACCGAGAGCGGGAGCGCUGCACACCCAUCCGCGGCUUAUGCUGCGUAUCGCCAACAGCAGUCGAACGAUGUGGAACGUGAAGGAACGAAUGGUGCUGGCGCGUUUGAUGAAAACAUGCGUGUGGCUAAGAAUUCGCCGCGUACCAAGACCUUCCACGACUACGAGCCUCACGCUUUCAAGAAGAUUCGUGAACGAUUCGGCGUCAACAACGAAGCCUAUCUACAGGCACUGUCAGCCACAGCGAAGGAGCGUCUGAGUGAAGGCGCUAGUGGCGCGUUCAUGUUCUACUCGGCUGACGGUUCUCUUAUCGUGAAGAGUACGAGCAAGGAGGAGUGUUCGUUCCUCCGCAGUAUCGCUCAGGACUACGCUGACUAUCUGUGCAAUAACCCUCGCUCUCUGCUACUGCGUUUCUACGGUUGCCAUUGUCUCGAGCUGUACGGCAAGCAGUUCUCUUUCGUCGUCAUGGCUAAUCUAUUCGAUACGGACCAAGUGAUCCACUCUCGUUACGAUAUCAAGGGAUCGUGGGUGAAUCGUCACGGUGACCUACCGAAACGUGGCAAGAAGGUGACGUGUCGCCACUGCAACCGCAAGUAUAUUUACCAGAAUUCGGCCCCGGAGAAUGCGAACUGUACGGUCCGACUGGGCGGCCACGAACCGAAUGUGGUGCUGAAAGACUCGGAUCUUACGCAGAAGCUGAACCUUGACCGUGAUGUGGCACUUGAACUGUAUCAGCAGCUCUCAGCUGACACCCAGUUGCUAUGCUCGUUUGGUAUUAUGGAUUAUUCACUGCUUAUGGGCAUUAACGAAGUGGAAUACGUCGUGGAUGAAGGCAACAGCACGGACGACGAGACUGAAGCGGCCCACACGCCGACCCAGUCGAGUGCACAAGGCACGAAGCCUGGAAGCAACCAACAGCGAUCUUCCGUGUACAACCCGUUCACUGAGAACUCGAUGAUGGACCCACGCAGUGGCGGUGCGCAGAAUUUAGCAAGAUCGAAAGGUCCUCCGCCAGUUCAGAACCCAUCCUCGAAGGCUCGUCACCACGCCAGUGUGUCCUCGAACGUGGGCUCGUAUAACGCUCGGCCGACUAUGGGGGAACCGGUAAUGCAUCGAAAAGUAUCAAAGCCCCGCGAAUACUCCAAGAACCGCAGUCGCAAUGGACGCACUGAAAGCAACACGUCAUCUUCUGGACGACGACUGCCGCGCUCUGGCAUGCGCAUGGCCAACACAGUUGUGGGUCCAGCUUACUACCAUCUUGGUGUGAUUGAUAUCUUGCAGACUUGGACCUUCCAGAAGCGUAUGGAGCGCUUUUUCAAGAUUGCGUUCAAGGGGGUCGACGGUGACGGACUGUCCGCUAUCCCACCCAAGCUGUACCAGGCACGUUUCCAGCUCAAGAUGGCGGAUAUCCUGGGUGUAGAAGACCUCGUGAGUGGCGACAACGCCGAUCUGGACCUAUUUACACAGCAGAACUCGCACAUGGACGUGGACACGCAGCAGGUGGACCAGCAAUUCAACAUCCAGUCCAUCCGAUCACUGGCGUCCUCGGAGCUCGUAGCGAUUAACCCCAUGGAUUCCCAUUACGCGAACAGCCGCUCGUCUUCAAACUUGCGGCAACGUAGCACGGAAAACUCACAGUCUGUCGGCCAGGACACGGAGGAGUACACGGGCAUUGAUUACCACUUGUAGGCACGUAAGAUGAAAUGACGAUUUUGAGAAAGCUACUCCGAGGCAGCGCGAGGUCAUUGCAAAUGCCAAGUUAUACAGCGAAGAUGAUAGUGCCGACACUGUGGAGAAGUACAUGUAAUCACUGAACUAUGCAGCUUUUCGUUUGCCACCACACGCGUCCUGGGUAGCGAAAUUUUGGGGAGGGGCUGAAAGUGGCAACUUCGCUUUGAUGCAGCUCAGCUUUGAAUACCCUCUGCGAAUUACAUGUAGGCUGAAGAGUGCGCAAUGCAGUGCUACGCCAACAAAUGUUGCAUUAUCUUCACAUCUUGACCUCGCUAACAAUAAUUGGAGAAGAUUGGCCAAAGCAAGGAAAAACACGCGUGGCAAUCCAGAGAAUGCUCUCUAUUUGCCAAUCCUUGCAAGUUACAGAUACAUGCAGCUUACGCUUGGUGAUAGACUCAAGUUUGAGCAUAAUUCGC